AAAUGGAGUUCCAUAGACCUAAUCCUUUGCUUCUUCAUGAGAUUCUGGACCGUGUUAGCUAUUAUACUGCUUCUUCCGCUUGGACACCCAUCAGUAGCAGCAAUAAUAACAAUCAUAACUACACUCGCUCCAGGCCAUCUUUUUUUUUUACACCUCGAACCAUAUUAGCUUGUGCCCUUGUUUCUCGGCUUUGGUACCAGAUCUUUUAUCCUUGUUUAUGGACUGUUUACGAUGGCGAAGCAAUGCUGAUGAGGAAAGCAAACCGGACUCUUUAUCUACUCAACCACCAGCAACAAGAGCAGCGACAUCGAGCUCAAGAAAAAUACUCAAAUGAUCUUGCACGUCUCAUCUUUGAUCAUAGCCCAUACAUUCGAUUCUUCUUAAACGAUACCCUAACACCUUAUAACAAUGUUGCUCCAUUCCAAUGUCGACGGCUCAUUGAUCUAACUCUCUAUCGAACCUGUCCUCAAUCAUGUCAAUUGGUCCAGUCCAAUCCGACUCUUAAGCGUCUCACAUGGGUAGGAACAGCUCCUUAUUGCGGCCUUCUGCCUGGUCUGGAAAUCGAGGAAAUGAAGGGACUAAAGCAACUAGAAGAAAUGACAUUACAGUCAUGGGAUGUAGCUCAUGUUCGAUUAUUAAUAGUCUUGAGGAACAAUCGCAGGACACUGAAAAGGCUUGAAUUGAAAGGAAUCCAGGGGCUCGAUACAUUUUUGAUAAACGAUGAUAAAGGGCAACAAGAAAGCACCAAUCAUAGCAGCGGUAACGAUUACAAUAACAUCAACGACACCCCCAUGCUACUUGCUUUGGAACGAUUAGAAGAGCUUACAGUUGAUAGCGAAUGGCCUGAUAAUCACGCGCUGAUGGACCUGUUCUCUAACCCCGGCCAUUGUCCAAACCUCAAAAGACUCUAUCUCAGCGACUCACUCGUGGACGACGAAGUUCAAAUGGAACUACUGGACAUUCUCAUGGUACAGCGAGAACCUCCGAUGAGACUCGAUAAAACAAAACACAAGGCUGGCACUGCUAUUACAUGCUGCUAUGCUACCAUCCCUUAAACUUUUAUUAUUAUUGAUGUCGUUAUUAUAUUGUAUUUUGCCUUUUUUUUUUUCCCUUUUUUUUCCAUGAU